AAUGUGAAGGAAACACGAAGAAGAAUCGGAGAAGAUGAGGCGAGAAGUCGACGAGACGUGACAAAAUGUGAGAACGCGAAGAAGAAGAAAAUCUGACGAGAAGGGUGGGAAGAAAAAUGUGAGGAGGCGCGUGACGAUGGAUCAUCAUCAUCAUGUGUGAGGAAAAUCUGCUGCUGGAAGAAGCAUCUCCCUCCGUUUCUGUCAGUUACGCACCGGCGUCAAGUGAAAGAAAGAUUUUCACUCUCUCUGUCUCUCUGGGUUCCCGCCGCUGCACAGAUAGACAGAAGGAAAGAACCAGCAAUUAUCAGCAUGUAAACUCUCCCUGAUGGGGGUCAGUUUCACUCAGAGCAAAAAUGAGGCCUGCAUUACAUCACCAUAGUGACAGCUUCCUGUUUAUCUGUGCCCCACCAUUGUAAACCAUGCAGAGUACACAGCUGUAUGGUAGCCCCCUCAAGCACAGCUCCUCUUGCAGUUCAUCAUCCAGUGCCUUUGUCCCCUGGGACUUCCUUGCACCAAGGAGCAAGUCCUUCCCUGCUAAUGUGGCUUCUGGUCCUACAUAUGUGGAAGAGCGGCCACAGCAUUUCUACCUCUGGAUCUCUCCACCUGGCAUCAUGCGCAUCAUGGAGUGCAUUGUGGUGGUGCUGUGCUUUACUAUCUUCACCUGUGUGGCCUCCACCCUGGUCUGGGAAGUGCAGUAUGGGUACAGCACUGGCCUGGGUGGCUUUGGAGCUAGCUACUACCACAGUUUUCCAAGCCCUUAUUCAGCCAAGGUGACUAUGAUGGCCAUGGCCACCAUGUGCUUCCUGAUGUCCUCAGCCAUCCUAGUGGCGAGUUUUUCCAGGGCUGACACCUUCCGUGGCUGCAGGUUCUACCUGCUGGUGGUGGUGGUGGACUCAGCCAUGGCUGCCCUCCUGGGCAUCAUAGACAUUGUGUACAUCAUCAGCAUCAACCCCAUGUCCCAGAGUUCUCAGAAUGUCCUCUACGACCCCAUACUGAUGAUGUGCCACAACAUGUUCGGAGGCAGCGGUGGGGUCAGACCAGUGAGGUUCCCCUUCUACAACCAGUACCUGUACCAUUACUGCCACAUGGACCCUCAGGAGGUGGUAGCUAUGGUUUGUGGCUUCUUGGCUGUUCUGGCCCUUGCUAUUGCUGCCUGCUUUGCUCAGAAGACACGUGGCAAAAUCUGGCGCCAUGGAAAGCUAAGCAUUUACUGGGAAAAGCCUUUCACACAUGCAUCCAGGGGCCAGGAUAUCGAGAACUGGGUCAAAAAUGUAGAGGGAGAGCCCAGUGCCACACUUGAGCCGACAGUCUUCCUUGCAUCGCAGCAUAGAGAGAACAGCACAGCCUCAUCCAUGGCCAACACAGACUCUGUCAACAGUAAAGGCAGCAACAGCAAACACGUGGAGAUGUCUCAAGGGGACAGGAUCGAGGCUAGCUCCACCCCCUCUGUGGUUUCCAAAGGGAAGCUGGCAUGGAACCCACCGCUCCGCAUCACUGGACCCACUGAGUCGCAGUACGAAACAGGAUAUACCAGUGAUGGUGACAGUGGCACCGAUCUGGGGCGAGACCAGUGGCUGAGCCUGUACCCAAAAAUUACUUCGGAUGAGCAGCGGCAGCAGUACAAGAAAGUUUUUGACUCUGACCGGAGGACCUACAAGCAACUGUGUGCUGAGAUGGAUGACAUCAGUACCCAGCUUAGAAGGCUGGAGGGUGUCCCCGAGCACAAGGUGUGGGGGGAGGAGUACAAGCAGCUAAAAGAGCUGAAAAGGACCCCCACCUAUCAAGCCCAGAAGCGCCAGUGCAGAGAGGUGCAGCAGAAGCUCUUGCACAUCAAGCGUAUGAUCAAGUUUUACGAUGCUGGUUACAGGCCCAACUAUGAACAGCCAGGUGAGAUCCAGGAGGAACACCCGUAUUCUGCAAGGUCUGGGAUUACACGUGCUGGGGACCUAUGAUGUUUGUUGCACUCCAACCAAUUCUGCCUACACUGUCCAAAUGAGUUUUGGGUAAAUCCCAGCCCUCCUGCUCUGUUGGGGGGGGAUGUGCAGGCAUGUAAGUUUUGUCCCUGAGCUGACUCUCUGACACUCUCAGCCAGUAAUGGCUGUUUGUCCACACUGUGUGAAGUAUUCCAGGGGUCGUGUCUGGGGAUGUCACAUUGUCUACAGAGAUGUUUUUCUUGGAAGCAGAGGCCAUGUGCAUGCUGCGGUCACUCAACGGCAGUAAUGCAGAGGGACACAGAAGGUAGUGGCCGGAUAGCGGUGCCCUAACCCUAAGUAACUGUUGUCACCGGGGUCCCUGCUGAACACACCACAGACCUGUGACUCUGCUUUUAAUAUUCUACCCACAAGAAUAUAGGUUCGCCAUGAAGCUCCCAUCCAUGUCACACUUUGGCCUUCACCAUAACCAAGGACUCCAAAUAACAGACACGCAUACGACUCUUCAGUAGUAGGAUACCCUAUUCGGGAUUGUAAGGGAUGGACCAG